AUGGACGCGCUGUCUAAAGUGGGAGGCUUCAUCAGAGGCAUCCCGUCUAGUAUAGCGUCCCUCUUCGCCUUCUACCCGCCUCCGCCGUCCUACGAGAUCCGGCAUCACCCCACCGACGAGAGCGUCGCGGAGAUCGCAUUCGGAGAGGAAGUGGGAUCGGUGCGGGAGGAGGAGAUGGCGCGCAUGGAGGCGAGACUCGCCAAGACCGAGAGGGGGACGAGCAUCGUCACCCUUUUCGUCCGCAGCUCGAAAGACCCCAAGCAAACGAUCAUGUUCUCUCACGGCAACGCAGAAGACCUCGGUCUCAAAAUCGAUUUCUUACUCGAACUCAGCGACGAGACGAACUCGAACGUCUUCAGCUACGACUACUCCGGAUACGGGCGGAGCACCGGAAAACCGUCGGAAGAAAACCUGUACGCAGACAUCAAAGCGGCCUGGGACGUCCUUCGGAGCAGACACGGGAUCCCCGAAGAAAAUAUCGUGUUGUACGGUCGAAGCCUCGGGUCCGUCCCGACCGUUCGCCUCGCCUCCGAACGCGAGAACCUCCCAGGCGUCAUCCUCCAUUCGCCUCUGUCGUCUGCGCUGGGGAUGGUCUUGCGAUUCACGCCCUGGUCCGUCGGUCCCUUCGCCGUCACCGACUUAGUACCCAGGAUCACAUGUCCCGUUCUCGUCGUCCACGGGACCCAAGACGAAGUCAUUCCGAAUUCCCACGGGAGAUUCAUACACGAGAGAUGCCAGCAGAAAGUGGAGCCCCUCUGGGUGGAAGGCGCUGGGCACAACAACGUGGAGGCAUACCCGCAGUUCUGGAGGAGGCUGAAACGCUUCUUGGAGCAGGAACUCAGGGUCGGAAGGAAGGAAACGUCCCCGAAGUUUCCUCACGACGGGAAAGGCUCCACUUCGUGGCACAAAAUAUGA